AUGGUUCGAAAGCUUGACAUGCACACUCAUUAUGACAACAAGCUUGUAAUUAAUCUCAACAAGUUCGGGUCAUAUUGGUUCUUUGCCUCCCAGGUGUACAAUGGGCGAAAAUUGCUCCAAAUUGAUAUUCCGAAAACUUCGAAUUUUUUAAACCAAUCAAAAUGCUUAGGACCUGAUGGCAUGACUGAAGCUGCCACUUCUUUCUACAAAGGCCUGUACACACCUGAACCAAUAGAUCAACUAGCUAUAGACGAUUUACUUCGCCACCUUCCCCACGAUCUCUGCCUCUCUGAUACCAUAUGUUCCUCUCUGACUGCUGAACUUUGCAUCGAAGACAUAUGA